AUGUCGCUUAUUUCUUUCAUUGUCUUCCUUAUCAUCAUCUCGGCGUCAACCCUCCUCCUCCGCAGGAGGAAAUCCAGCCUUAAACAGCUCCCCCCCGGACCACCAGGAUGGCCAAUAUUCGGAAACAUGUUCGAGCUUGGUUCAAUGCCACAUCGCACCCUUACCGACUUAAGGGACAAGUAUGGUGAAGUUAUCUGGCUAAAAUUUGGUGCCAUAAACACGAUGGUAGUUCUCUCAGCCAAAGCAGCCUCCGAUUUCUUCAAGAAUCAUGACCUUUCCUUUGCUGAACGCACCGUUACUGAAAUCAUGCGGGCUUACGACUAUGACAAAAGUUCAUUAGCCUUGGCAUCAUAUGGUUCAUUUUGGCGGGUACUAAGACGCCUCGUUACAGUUGAUAUGAUUGUCCACAAACGCAUAAAUGAAACAGCCUCUAUACGGAGAAAAUGUGUUAACGACAUGUUAUUAUGGAUCGAAAAGGAGGCACUUCAGGGAAACGGAGACGGGCGACGUUGCAUUCACGUGGCACGUUUCGUGUUCCUCUCGACCUUUAACUUGCUAGGAAACCUUAUGCUGUCGCGUGACUUAUUGGACCCUGAUUCAAAGGAUGGUGCGGAGUUUUUUACUUCAAUGAUGGGGCUGAUGGAAUGGGGCGGGCAUCCAAAUAUCUCAGAUUUUUUUCCCUUUUUACGCUGGCUAGAUCCCCAAGGAUUGAAGAGAAAGAUGAAAAGGGAUCUUGGUAAGGCCUUGAAGAUCGCUUCUAAGUUUGUUAAGGAAAGAGUUGAAGAGAACAAAGAAGGUGAUAGGGAGAGGAAAGAUUUCUUGGAUGUGUUGCUUGAUUUUGAAGGGAAUGGAAAGGAUGAGCCAGCAAAACUUUCUGAACAGCAGCUCAACAUUUUUAUACUGGAAAUAUUUUUGGCUGGAUCAGAAACAACAAGUAGCUCCAUUGAAUGGGCAUUGACGGAGCUCCUAUGCAACCUUGACUCAUUAAACAGAGCAAAAGCUGAACUUGCUGAGGUGGUUGGACCAAACGGAAUGUUUGAAGAGAGUGACAUUGAAAACCUUCCAUACUUGCAGGCCGUGAUCAAAGAAACUCUACGCUUACAUCCUCCAAUUCCGUUCCUAGUUCCGCGAAGAGCAAUGGAAGACACCAAUUUCAACGGGUAUCACAUUCCCAAGAAUACACAAGUUUUGAUAAAUGCUUGGGCGAUUGGGAGAGACCCAGAGGUAUGGAGUGACCCAUUGUCAUUUAAACCUGAGAGAUUUUUGGGGUCUAAAGUUGAUUACAAGGGGCAAAAUUAUGAAUUGAUUCCAUUUGGAGCUGGGAGAAGAAUGUGUGCAGGUGUGCCCUUGGCUCACCGAAUGCUGAACCUAAUUUUAGGCUCGUUGCUUCAUGAAUUUGACUGGGAACUUGAUGGUAAUGUCUGUAAAGAGACCAUGGAUAUGAAGGAUAGGUUGGGCAUAACUAUGCGAAAGGAUGAGCCAUUAUUUGCGUUGCCUAAAAGAU